AUGGCCACCACUCUAUUGCCCGAUCUGGGAGACAUCGCCAGGCUCAGCUACCGAGACGCCUUCGUCCGCGCCGUAGCCGAGCAGCGCACCCGCCCGCUCAUUCUCCCGUACGCCCUGCUGGGCUCUUUCGUCCUGACGCCGCUCUGGCUCGCCGUACCACACACCAAGCGACCCUGGCUUUACCGCACCCGAUGGCUCGUCGCCGGCCUCGUCGUCGGCUUGAACCUCGACCUGAUUUGCUCGGUGAGCAGCUACAACGUCGCCUGCGCCUAUGGAGCCGGUCUCAUGGGCUCCUGGGGCAUUCUGUCCAAUCUCCAUCUGCUCGUUUGGUCCCGGCCGCAGUUUGACGCUGCUAGGGCUGUGUUGCUUCCCCGAGGAGGGAAUAGAGACAACAGAGACAACAGAGAGAACAGAGGUGACAGAGGCGACAUGAUGCGCAGCUCCUCCAAACUCAACGGUGAGGGUCCGCGGAGAAAUGGGCUGCGACAACGCACAACAGACCCCGUCGCUAUAUCCGGAACCCAUAUCCAUGCCACCUCCAAGAUAUCCCGAGAUGACGGCGACAACUCGCAACACGAGGAGCCCGACUACGUCUGGCAGACAUUUCCCGACCACGGCUCAUUCCUGCAGCGCCUCAACUGGUCCAUGGAUCUCGUCACCAACUUCAGGUGCAUAGGCUGGAACUGUUCUAUCCGCUCCGUUCCCCUGCCGCAGAUCCCUGCUCGCAUCCGGUCCGGGGACCCUGUCUCGCUCGAUAGCAUGCCUGUCGUCUCCAGGAGCGGAUACCGUCGCAGCCUUACGAAGUCCGAGUUUAUUUGGUCCCGCCUUGGGACCGUCACCGUCCUGUAUCUGGCGCUCGACUUCCUCGCCGUCUCUGGCAUGAAAGAUCCUCACUGCAUCUUCGGCCCCGAGCGGAGUAGCGGCCACGAGCUGCCUUCUUUUUUGAGUCUGCUACCCCCCUGGGCCUUGGCCACCUACCGUGAGUUGUUCGCUCUAUCCGGCAUCUUCGCUGCCAUCGGCGCCAUCUUCAACCUCCACGACCUAUUCCAGUAUUUCAUCUUUUCUCAUAUAUUCCCUAUGCGUGGAGAACUCUGGCAGUACACCUCCAUUUUUGGUUCCUUCUCCCAGGUCUUCGAUAGAGGCCUGGCUGGCUGGUGGGGAUCCUGCUGGCAUCAGACCUUCCGGUUGCAAUUCAGCUCUCCAGCCGCCUAUCUCAUCAGAAAUGGCUACUUGUCAAAGGGUACCCUGACUGCCCAGAUCGUCACCAUGUAUGUGUGCUUUUUCCAGUCGGGCCUGCUCCAUGCAUCAGGGAGCCAGUCUUCCAUGCCCAAGACCAAGAUCUGGCGCUCUCCAGCGUUUUUCCUCCUCCAGCCUCCAGGCAUUAUGAUCCAGAAUUCUUUGAACUGCAUCAUCGACACCUACCUUCCCCGUCUCCCCAAAAUGCUCCGUCAGAUCUUCAAUUUGGUGUUUACCGUCGCUUGGCUACAGAUGACCGCCCACCUAUUCUGCGACGACAUUGCGUCGACGGGACUCUGGCUCCUCGAGCCUAUUCCUAUAUCUCCUUUCCGCUUUUUUGGUUUCGGUCAUCCUAAUGACCAUUGGUGGCGAUGGAACCAGCAGCAGUUCCCGAAGUGGUAUUCAGGAGACCAUUGGUGGACCACUGGUUUACAGAUUUAA